AUGAUCAACAAAAGGAUAAAUUGGUUAAAAACAAGUCUUCGAGGUUCAGUCUUCAAUUUUUCUUGUACCAAAGGCCCUUCUGAGGCAUUUCAGGCCAUUUCCAUCUGCUUACCCUCGCCGCUAUUCUCGGAUCUCUUCUCGGAUCCAUCCUCUGCAUCAUCUGUUGUUGUUGUUGUUGCUGCAUCUGCGCAUUUGUGGGCGGAGCUCUCCACGAAUCCGGAACGCCUCCUCCUCCACUAUUCUGAUGGAUCGGUUGUGGUGGCUGCUGUGGCAUCUGUCGCAUAUCCACGUCAGCAGACGACUGUGGAGGACCACUAUUACGGUAGUCGAUAUCAGCCGAUUGGGUCUGUUGUUGUGGCGGCGGAUUGUAGGAGGCGGGCGGUCUUGAAGGGGGCGGAGCUUGUUGGCCAUAUCCUUGGUUUUGUCCAUAAGAAGGAGGUCCUCCAAAUGACCCUUGUCCUUGUCCAUUUUGGCCAUAAGAUUGUGGAGGCGGACCAUAAGAUCCAGGUCCAGGGGGUCCCGGAGGCCCUCGAUUCUGCUGAUUCUGAGGAUUCCAUUGUCCUUGAGGUCUGUAGGCUCCAGGCCCUCUCCACGGUGCUCCUUGUGGUCCUUGUUGUGGCGGUGGCGGCAUUGAAUGGUAUUCCUGAGGCGGUCUCGGUUGACUCGGCCCUAACAACGAGCCACCCGUCGUCGGUGGUCCCAAAAAUGAUUUAG